UCGAGCAGCAGUGUAUUUCUCCAGCAAUCCGAGCGGUCCUAAAUAUUGUGUUGCGUUGCCUCCGCCUACAGGCGCUUCGAAUGGCGAUGGUGUACUAAGAAAUCAAACGUCAACAUUUGUGGACUAAGCAAUUGAAAAAAAUCUUCAAGAAAAAAUGAAUAAUCAAGCGUUUAGUUUGGCGGAGAGGCUUAUACCUUCCACUUAUGUACAACAAGGUUUAAACGCUAAGAAAUCUCGUGAAAACCUUAUACGUCAUUUUAUCGAACAUCGAAAAUGGCCAGAAGAAGGUUGGGACGAUGCAACAAUAGAGGCGUUUCUGUCAGAUCUAUCGCAAAUGGAUAGCAAUAAUUUUCCCUCAAACUGUAGUGUUGGUGAACGUGAAGCGAGGAUUGUAUCAAAUCUUGUUGCAAGACGACACUUUCGUAUGGGACAUGGCAUAGGCAGAUCCGGUGAUCUAGAAGAAGUACAACCAAAAGCUGCUGGUAGCAGUUUAAUGUAUAAAUUAACGAAUUCUUUAGUGCUCGAAGUUAUACGAUAUAUGGGAGUAAAAAGCAUAGCAGGUUGCUUUUUAUCACCAAUGGCCACUGGAAUGAGUCUAGUUCUAUGUAUGUUAACACUUAAGCAAGACAGACCACGAGCAAAAUAUGUUUUAUGGCCUAGAAUUGACCAAAAAUCUAGCUUCAAAUCUAUAAUCACAGCCGGAUUAGAACCCAUUGUUAUCGAAAUGCAAAUAAUAGGAGAUGAAUUAAAAACCGACUUACAGAGACUUGAAGCCCAAAUGGCAGCUUUAGGCGAAAGUGUGGCUUGUGUACUCACAACAACCAGUUGCUUUGCACCCAGAGCGUGCGAUUCUGUAGAUGCGAUUGCAGCUCUCUGCACUCAAUAUAAUAUACCACAUCUGGUAAACAAUGCGUAUGGCUUGCAGAGUACAAGAUGUAUGCACCUUAUACAAGAAGCGUCAAGAAAGGGUCGUGUAGAUGCUUUCGUUCAAAGCACGGACAAGAACUUUCUAGUUCCAGUGGGUGGUGCCAUUAUAGGUUCCUUCGAUAAAAAUCUUUUGGAUCGCAUAUCGAAAAUGUAUCCGGGACGUGCGAGUGCAAGUUCCGUUAUGGAUGUGAUGAUAACACUGUUAAGUCUUGGAAUGGCAGGGUACAAACAAUUGAUUGCUCAACGUAAAGAGAUGUAUUCUUAUCUGAAAGAAGAAUUGGGAAAAUUAGCAACAAGGCAUGGAGAGAGGCUGUUAGACACUAAGGGCAAUCCAAUAUCCAUGGCUAUGACUCUUCAAUGUCUAAGCCAUCAACAUGAUAACAAGCAAGUUACUAUGCUAGGAUCAAUGUUAUUUCUGCGUAACGUUAGUGGUACUAGAGUAAUAACAACUACAGAUUCUAAGCACAUCGUUUCACAUAAAUUUGAAGGCUGGGGUGCACACAACAGUAAUUAUAGAGUGCCAUAUCUAACUGCUGCGGCCGCAUUAGGCAUGAAGAGAUCUGAUGUGGAUGCAUUCAUACAAAGAUUGGAUAAAGCUUUAACGAAAGUAAGGAGGCGUUCUGCGCCAGUAACGCCCACCGCUUCGCUCGCCGGUUCCAGCAUCAAUGGAGAUGCAGGUGGCACUGGUGGACCAGGAGAAUCUAGUACCGCCUCAACCAGCCGUGCAAGUAGCAAAGACAGUCUGAGAAAAUGAACCGUAAUCAACGCAACUGGCCAGUCAAAUCAGCAUAUUAAUCUCAAUUUGUAAGCGACUUGUCGCUUAUGAAUUGACAUCUGUAGCAUGUUUCUGAGAAAUGCAAUUUGACACAAUCGUUUAUUUAUAUCAACCAUGUUUAUGUUGACAGGAGUUAUUCAGAAUCUUAUUAUAAAAAAACUUUUAAAAUUUAAAAAGAUUUUACAAUAUAUUUUCCAUAAAAAAAUAUAUUGUAUAACUUUCGCACAAUGAAAACAUUUCCUUCCCUGCUUUUUUUUAAGCAACACAAUAAAACAAUAUUUAUUACUGAGUUAAAUUAUAAGAAAUAGUGGUCUAUAUGCAUUUUCACAGACACGUGCUAGAUACAAAUGUGCUGAUUCGUCUGUCCACUUGCGUUGAGAUAUUGUCAAUUUAAAUCAUUAUACCAAAAGAGAAUGAGUGUCUUCAGACAUUAAAGAGUGAUCAUCAAAGUUAAUACUUGAAAAAAAAGAAAAAGGAAAGGAAACACGAAGCAUUAAGAUUAUUAUGGCUCUGUUUUAAGAGAUUUAAGUGAUAAGCGCUGGCCGCCGAUAUAAUUGUUAAGUAUGUUCUUUGUUGAAAUGCUAUUAUUUAUCAAGACAUAAACAGAGAACAUUGAAUUCUUAUAUUUAACUCUCUUUUCUCUUUCUUGCUUUCUAAUAUUGUAGUUUGAUAUAAACAAAUAAGAAAAAUAUUAACCAAAUCAUACAUACUUGCUUCAUAUAGUAAAUUUCUUUUCUAAAAAAGCAAUGUCAUACAAUUCUGUCGAUAUAUGUAGCAAUAUUCACAAUUUAAUUGUUUCUAAUAUUUAUGCAUUAUUGCUGAAAACUAUUGUAUUUUUUAUGCAAUUAACUCACCUAUAUAGUACUGACUUAUACAUUAAUUAUGGCAUAUUAUUUAUUAGCCUUGAAUAGAGAGACGGCAUAUAAGAAUGAAUUUUUUCCUCUCUUAUUUAAACGGAAUAUAUUCGUGUUUACAGCAUUAGUAAGAAGAUACACAUUACCUGUAAAAAAAGGAGGCUGUAGUAAAAUAUUUAUGGAAAUACAUUAUUAGGAAGUAUGU